CAAACUAUAUUUUCACAUCUUAUUAAAAUCAAUUGCUUUCAAUUCAAUCAUCAUCGAUCAAACUAAAUCAGCAAGCAAACAUGAAGAAAGCUCCACCAUACAUUUCUUUCUUCCUAUUACUCUUAUCUGCCUUUUGCUUUUACUCUUCGGCUUUUGGACAGGCUUUGUCACAAGAUGAAGUGGAAGCUCUGAAAGACAUAGCUAAGACACUUGGGAGGGAGAAUUUGUUUUCUGGAUGCAAUAGUAGUGAACAACUACAAAAUAUGAGUUCGUGCAUGAUGUUGAAGAGUAAUCAAACUACUGCUGUUAUAUGCAAUUGCUCCUAUGCCGAUUCCACUCUCUGCCAUGUCACUAGCUUAUGUGUGAAACGAGAAAGUCUCCCAGGUCAACUCCCAGCGGAACUUGUGAGGUUGCCUUACCUUCAACAAAUCGAUCUUACAUACAACCUCCUGAAUGGAACUAUUCCAAAAGAAUGGGGCCGAAUGACCAAUCUUACCUUCAUAUCCUUAGGGGGAAAUCGAAUAACAGGUUCAAUACCGAAAGAGAUAGCAAACAUUUCUGGUCUCCAAGUUCUUGUUGUUGAGUUUAAUCAAAUGUCUGGAAACCUUCCUCCUGAGCUUGGGAAUCUCUCACAACUUCAAAGACUGCAAAUUAGCUCAAACAAUUUUACCGGAGAGCUUCCUGCAACACUUGCCAAGCUCACUUCAUUGCAGAUUGUUCAACUUAGCGACAAUCAAUUUUCUGGAAAGAUACCUGAUUUUAUUCAAAGUUGGACAAAUCUGCAGCAAUUAGUAAUUCAAGGGAGUGGAGUAAGUGGGCCAAUUCCUUCUGGGCUUGCAGUUUUGGGAUAUUUAAAUGACUUGAGAAUAAGUGAUCUGAAUGGAGCUGAAAGUUCACCUUUUCCUCGACUUAGAAAUAUGUCAAUGAAAAAUCUGAUUUUGAGGAGUUGCAAUAUUAAUGGAACCCUACCUACAUAUCUUGGGAAGAUGACAAGCUUACAAACCUUAGACCUCAGCUUCAACAAAUUAACUGGACCAAUUCCCCCUCAGUAUGAGAACCUUAUCAGACGAAUAGUGGCAUACAUGUAUUUAACUGGAAACUUUCUCACGGGAGAUGUACCUAAGGAAUGGAUAAAUAAUGCUAAUAAGAAGCACUACUUAGACAUUUCCUACAAUAACUUCAGCAUUAGUGGGAGCCAAAAUAAUCAAGGAUGUCAAGCUGAAAAUACGAACUUAUUUGCUAGCUCCUUGACACGCAAUGACACUGGAAAGGUUUCAUGUUUGGAAAGCACUGUGUGUUCUAAAAUGUCACACUCUUUCCAUAUAAAUUGUGGUGGAGGAAAGGUAACAACAGAAAAUGGAAAGACGUAUGAUGAUGACUCAGAUGAAGGAGGAGCAGCUAAGUUCUAUCACAAUGAAAAUACAAAUUGGGCGUUCAGUAGUACCGGUAAUUUCUUGGAAAGUACAAUUAUUACUUCGAGCUACAUUCCUUCUAUUGUGUCUAAUAAGCUCUCUAUAAAAAACAAUAAUGAUAUUGAGCUAUACACCAAUGCACGCGCAUCUCCUAUUUCUUUGACUUAUUAUGGAUUUUGCCUUGGAAAUGGAAACUACAAUGUGGAUCUACAUUUUGCUGAGAUCGUGUUUAUUGAUGAAACAUAUAAGAGCCUUGGAAGGCGCAUAUUUGAUAUCUACAUUCAGGGAAAUCUAGUGCAAAAGAACUUUAACAUUGCAGAAGAAGCAGGAGGCCUUGGUAAGAAAGUUAUAAAAUCAUUUAAUGCAAGUGUGAUUAAUGGUACUUUAGAGAUUCGCCUUUACUGGGCUGGCAAAGGAACAACUGCUAUCCCAAAAAAGUCAAUUUAUGGACCUCUUAUAUCAGCCAUAUCUAUCUACCGUGCUUCCCCAGAUCAUGGAAGUAGAAUAUCAGCAGCUGUUGUCGUUGGAAUUGUUGUUGCCAUGGCAAUUAUUAUUGUCUUGAUAUUUGCCAUAUUUUGGUGGAAAGGCGGUUUAGGAAAGAAAAAUUCUUUUACAAAAGAAUUAAAUAAUUUAGAGCUGCAAACCGGUAUGUUUUCUAUACGACAAAUAAAAACAGCAACAAAUAAUUUUGAUAUCGUCAACAAGAUUGGAGAAGGAGGAUUUGGUUCUGUGUAUAAGGGUGAGUUACCUAAUGGUACAAAAAUUGCAGUCAAGCAACUUUCUUCAAAAUCAAAACAAGGGAAUCGAGAGUUCUUAAAUGAAAUAGGCAUGAUUUCUGCUUUACAACAUUCAUGUCUGGUUAAACUCUAUGGAUGUUGUGUCGAGGGAGAUCAGUUAUUUUUGGUAUAUGAAUACAUGCAAAAUAAUAGCCUUGCUCAUGCUUUAUUUGGCCGUGAAGAAAACCAAAUAAAGUUGGAUUGGCAAACAAGACACAAAAUUUGUGUUGGUAUUGCUCGAGGAUUAGCAUACCUCCAUGAAGAGUCAAGAGUGAAAGUGGUUCAUAGGGAUAUCAAAGCAACUAAUAUCUUACUUGACAAAGAUCUCCACCCUAAAAUAUCAGAUUUUGGUUUGGCUAAACUUGAUGAAGGGGAUAAUACCCAUAUUAGCACUCGAAUAGCUGGAACAUUUGGAUAUAUGGCUCCAGAAUAUGCUAUGCAUGGUCAGUUAACCGAUAAAGCAGACGUAUAUAGUUUUGGAAUUGUUGCAUUAGAAAUCGUGAGCGGAAGAAACAAUACAACCAAUCGAUAAAAUGAAGGGGCAUUCGUUUUACUUGAUUGGGCACGUUUGCUGAGAGAGAAAGGUGAUAUAAUGGAAAUAGUUGAUAGAAGAUUAUUGGAUUCAAACUUGAAGAAAGAGGAGAUGAUGGUGAUGAUCAAUGUUGCUUUCUUAUGCACUAAUGUGUCUCCAACACUUAGGCCUACUAUGUCUUCAGUGGUAAACAUGCUUGAAGGCAAAACCAUUGUUCCAAAACUAGUUUCAGAGUCAUUAAAUGAGAAGAAAUUAGAAGCAUUAACAAUGUAUUAUAACCAAGAUGACCAAAGUACCACAACAAUAAUGGAGAUGCCUUUAACUGCUUCAUCUACUUCUACAGCACAAGAUUUGUAUGCAAUUCACCUAGACUCUUCUUACUUUGAGAGUAGAAAUUAGAAUAUAAGUUACAUAAACUAUAUAUACAUCUAUCCCAAAAUCCCAAUUGAUUGAUGACUACUUUUUCCAAUUGUAAUUUGUAAAUUGCUACAUAAAAAGCUAUUAGUUUCAACCUCUCCAUGUAUGACAAUCUCUUUAGUUCCGUGAGAUUUUACACAACAACUAUAAGAAUAGAACUCAAAAUAGACAUUGUUAUUACAACAAAAUUUAU